AUGCGGCUAGCGAGCGAGAGCGUCGCCAGCAAGGCGCGCCUCGAAUCGGAGCGCCGUCACUUGCGCAUCUGGCUCCGAGGAACGGCUGUGCGGUCCGCAGUGUCGCAGCUGCGCGUCGCUUGGCUCGAGAGCGUGGCCCUCUCUUGCGUGCGGGCCCUCCGCUCGCACGCCGCCUUGGCUCGCGCGGCGCGGCGCUCAGAGCAGGCGGCUUUGCAGCGCGCGCGGAGUAGCUUGGCUGCGCGGCCCGCGCUGUGCGCCGUCGCGCUUCGGACCAUUGCGCAGUGGACGCGCUUGCUCGCAGGGUCCGCGUUUCGCGGGUGGCGGCACGAGGUUGUGAGGCGGAGGCGUCUGCGGCCGCUGCUGGCCCAAUUUGCGGGAGGGCGCGACACGCACUUGGUGCGUCGCACCUUUCGGGCGUGGAGCGAGGCGAUGUGGUACGCACAGCUGAUGCGCCGCUGCCGGCGAGAGAUCGCCGACGAGGCGAGGGAGCGGGGGGGCGCUCUGACGCUGCUGGGUGGCUCCGGGCCCGCCGAUCGGCAUCCUGUCUUGGUGAUAGCCGCACCUCGCGCCUCGCGGGGGGUGGACACGGGGCGGUGA